ACUAGAAGUUCCAGCUUUUGCAGAUGUCAGAUGAGGAGCUUGAAGAUGACAAUGAUGCUGAAGAACAGAAGGAAGAUAUUGAUGAGAAAGGGGGAGAUGAGGGGGAGGAGGAGAAGGAAGUGGGGGAGGAGGAAGAGGAAGAGCAACAAGUCUCAAACCCUCUCACUGAGGAUAUCAUAAAGGAAGGCCUCUCGCUUUUAUGUAAAACUGGCAAUGGCCUGGCUCAUGCCUUUGUGAAAUUAGAGGCCAAAGAAAAGGAACUGACAGACAUCACCGUCAUCCAAAGUUUCAUCCACUUACGUUAUGUAGACCUGUCAGACAACCUGCUCCGAGAUUUGUCUCCGUUGUCCUGCCUCACACACCUGCUGUGGUUGAAAGUGGACGGCAAUCGCCUAACCAGCGCCAGCAUGGAUGAGCUGCCAUAUCUGCAGGUUGCCAGCUUCGCGAACAACCACAUCAAGGACACCCAUGGCAUUAGCCAUCCCCGCCUGACCAGCCUCACGCUGAAAGGAAAUGAGAUUGAGGUAAUAUCAGGAUUGGAUCCAGACAAGUUGUCAAACCUGCACACGCUAGAGUUGCGGGGUAACAGCCUACAGUCUACAGCUGGACUUUGCUUGCCCAAGCUCAAAAAUCUGUACCUGGCCCAGAAUGCCAUUACCCAUCUCGAGGGCCUGGAAGGACUGGGGCAACUCACAACCCUCCAUCUGCGUGACAACCAGCUUGAAACUUUGGAUGGCUUCUCAGAGAGCCUGAAAUCUCUUCAGUACCUCAAUGUACGGGGGAAUGCCAUUGAGCAGCUACAGGAGCUGACGAAGUUGAACGUGCUGCCCAUGUUAAGAGCCCUGGUCUUGCUAGACAAUCCUUGUUCUGAUGAGGGCGACUACCGUAUAGAAGCCCUGGUGCUGCUCCCACGUCUUGAACGCCUCGAUAAAGAUUUCUUUGAGGAGGAAGAGCGGGCGGAAGCGGAAGACAUACGUCAGCGACGGCGGGAAGAAGAGCUGGAACUAGAGAGAGAAAAAGAGAGAGAAAAGGAGCUUGAAGACAUGGAGGAUGGUACCCAGGAGGAGAUACCGGAAGACUGAUGUGGAGCUGUCUGUCCCCCGGUUGGAGGAGUGAGAGCCUCAGGCUGCCUUCCAGAGCCUUCUUUCCGGUGUGGUACAGCGCCAACCCAGACAGCGCUAUGCCCCCGGUAUGCAAGAACAGAAGGCGGCUGUGCUGUUCUUGCACAGAGCCAGAGGCUCCAGUGGGAUGGUAAAAGGAGAGGGAUGACUCCAUGCUUUGAAUGGAUUGUGAUUUGAUGCAUGU